AUGCCAUUGAAACUGCAAAUUAGGCCUACUUGGCAUUUAGCUAAAUGGUCGGUUGCAUGGACUGUUGUAGAUAUUGUUAAGGAAAACAAAUCUAACAGCAACGAUCUGGUAAGGUAUGAAUCAAAUGGUUAUGUCUCUGAUAAUCGAGAUGAUUCAUAUUCGCCUUCUACAUAUUUGCUCCAUUUACCUUCAAAUGAAAGAAAGAAAACUGUUGCUGUUUUGAUGACUGUUCGAGCUGUUCUAUUUGAUGCUGUUUUUCUUUUCUAUAAUCCAAAGACGGGUCAAUUUACCCAAAGAUCUUACGCUAAAUUCCAUAAAAGGUUUUUAAUGUUUUUUAAAAUUUGUUAA